AUGAGUGAAAAGGAACAGGAAAAAGAUAAUGUUGCAAGCGUAGAAGAGGACGAAAAGAAGCAGGAAGAUACUGAAAACAAAGAUGAAGAUGCUGAAAUGGAGGACGAUAACUUAGAUUAUGAGAAGAUAAAGAUGCUUCCGGGAUCCUCAGAGGAUGGAACCAUUGCAGCAUUUCAGAUCAUAGAUGAAGAUCACACAUUAGGAAACGCUUUGCGGUAUAUGAUUAUGAAAAACCCAGAAGUGGAAUUUUGCGGUUAUUCGAUACCACAUCCAUCGGAGAAUAAGAUGAAUAUUCGUAUCCAGACAUAUGGCGAACAAACAGCUGUUGAUGCUUUUCAUAAAGGUCUGGAUGAUCUUUCAAAAUUGUGCUCAUUUAUAGAAGACACAUUCAUGGAAAAGGUGAAUGCAAAGGAUUACACUACUGAGGAGCCUUGA